CUGAGAACUGGAGUGUUGAGAAGAAGCCACUCUUUCGGUUCCCGGCACUCCAGGAAGGCGGGACGGAGAGCAUUGGUACCCCCUUCCGGUGUCAGGACCCCUGGGGAGAGGAGAACCCCUUCUUCCGGUCCCGGGACCCCAGGAAGGAGGGAUAGAGAGAGUGGCCCUCCCCUCCGGGGUCAGGACCUCAGGGAGGAAGAGUGUGGAGGAGGAUCCCCCCAUUCAGAGCUAGAUAACGCCAGGAGGAAAAGGGGGGGACAGGAGAUCCCACUCCCAUCCCCUUGGGAAGAGCAGAAUGGAAUGCCCAGGCUCAUCCUUGUGCUGCACUAAGAGAAGGGAGACUACAUCCUGGGAUGAGGAAGAGUUUUCUAAACUUGUUCCAUGGGGAGAAGGGGAGUACCCGGGAAAAGAGCAAUAUGCUCUGCACCUAACCCUGAGUGUACACACAUGCCCCAGAGAAUAGUCAGGUAGUCCUCCUGCCCUUUGCCUGUCCUAUCCUAUGAGGAAGUGGGGACAGCCCCCACAAACUAGCUUUAUCUACUCCCUAAGGCAAAGAAUAACUGCUAUUUUGUCCAUCUUAGGAAAGGAGGACCCAGAAGAAGAGCCUAAACCAGUGGUUAUCAAACUUUAGCAUGUGUCAGAAUCACCUGGAUUGCUGCCCCACCCCUAGAAUUUCUGACUCAAUAGGCUGAAGAUGGAAACAUCGAAUAUAAACUGAAGCUGGUGAAUCCAUCCCAGUACCGCUUUGAGCACCUGGUGACACAGAUGAAGUGGCGGCUCCAGGAGGGCCGCGGUGAGGCAGUCUACCAGAUUGGGGUAGAGGACAAUGGGCUGCUGGUGGGGCUGGCUGAGGAGGAGAUGCGGGCCUCCCUCAAGACCCUGCACCGGAUGGCAGAGAAGGUUGGGGCAGACAUCACUGUUCUUCGGGAGCGAGAAGUGGAUUAUGAUAGCGACAUGCCCCGGAAGAUCACUGAGGUGCUGGUACGAAAGGUCCCGGACAACCAACAGUUUCUGGACCUUCGUGUGGCCGUCCUAGGGAAUGUGGACUCAGGGAAGUCAACUCUGCUUGGAGUCCUGACCCAAGGAGAGCUGGACAAUGGGCGGGGCCGGGCUCGUCUCAACCUUUUCCGCCACCUACAUGAGAUUCAGUCUGGCCGAACCUCCAGCAUCAGCUUCGAGAUCCUGGGCUUUAACAGCAAGGGAGAGGUGGUGAAUUACAGUGACUCGCGGACGGCAGAAGAGAUCUGUGAGAGCAGCUCCAAGAUGAUCACCUUCAUCGACCUGGCCGGCCAUCACAAGUACCUACAUACCACCAUCUUUGGCCUCACCUCUUACUGCCCAGACUGUGCCCUGCUCCUCGUCAGUGCUAACACUGGGAUUGCCGGCACAACAAGGGAACACCUGGGCCUGGCCCUGGCCCUGAAAGUGCCCUUCUUCGUCGUGGUCAGCAAGGUGGAUCUGUGCGCCAAGACCACAGUGGAGAGGACGGUACGCCAGCUAGAGCGGGUCCUCAAGCAGCCUGGCUGCCACAAAGUCCCCAUGCUGGUCAUCUCCGAGGAUGAUGCCGUCACUGCUGCCCAGCAGUUUGCCCAGUCACCCAAUGUCACCCCUAUCUUCACACUGUCCAGCGUGUCUGGAGAGAGUCUGGACCUGCUCAAAGUCUUUCUGAAUAUCCUGCCACCACUCACCAACAGCAAAGAGCAGGAGGAACUCAUGCAGCAGCUGACAGAGUUUCAGGUAGAUGAAAUCUACACAGUACCAGAGGUGGGGACAGUUGUCGGAGGGACACUUUCCAGUGGGAUCUGCCGUGAGGGCGACCAGCUGGUGGUGGGCCCCACGGACGAUGGCUGCUUCCUGGAGCUGAGAGUGUGCAGCAUCCAGCGCAACCGCUCUGCCUGCCGUGUGCUGCGAGCUGGUCAGGCUGCGACGCUGGCCCUCGGGGACUUUGACCGUGCACUCCUUCGCAAGGGCAUGGUGAUGGUGAGCCCCGAGAUGAAUCCCACCAUCUGCUCAGUGUUCGAGGCAGAAAUAGUCCUACUGUUCCAUGCCACCACAUUCCGGCGAGGCUUCCAGGUGACAGUACACGUGGGCAAUGUCCGUCAAACAGCAGUGGUGGAAAAGAUCCAUGCCAAGGACAAGCUGCGGACAGGGGAGAAGGCAGUGGUACGUUUCCGCUUCCUGAAACACCCAGAAUACCUGAAGGUGGGUGCCAAGCUGCUGUUCCGGGAGGGUGUCACCAAGGGCAUCGGCCAUGUCACCGAUGUGCAAGCCAUUGCAGCAGGAGAAGCCCAGGCCAACGUGGGCUUCUGAACUCCUCCCGCAGGCACAGCUCUAUUGCUGUCCCUACAAUAUAUAAGGUGACUCUGGCCAUGCUGCCCCCUGUUGGCGGCUCUGUGUGUUAAUAGGCCAGGGAGAGAGGGGUGCGCCCUGCCACCAUUCUGGAGGGGUGCCAAGCUUGGUGUGGCCAGGGAGGGGAAUCCCUGAAAGAGAAGACAGGAGAAUUCAGGGCAGUGCUCAGCAACUGUGUGUCCACCUGGUUGGCUCAUCAACCCUGGAACCUCAUGGCCUGUCUGCGGAGGGAGCUGACUGCCGCCACCUUGGCCCCACUGUCAGGACUGGGCAUGAUUCACCAGUGUGGUCCCUGCACUUCAGGAAUUGUCACAACUGGGAGUGGUUCUCGAAAGCACUCCUUUUCUAUACCUCUUCUGAAGGCCAUGUAAGUUGCUCAUCUUGACGUGACUGUGGACAGAAGAUGUCUGCUCCUGGCUGUCUGGUGGCCCAGGGUCUGAAGAAAUGGCACAGGGACAGUGAAUGGCAAUGCUUCAAUCCUGUGCUGAAACAUGUGGCCUAUUCCUCAGCUUUAUGUCCCUUCCCUUCUUCACUCAAGGGCCAUUUCCCCAGUUUCUCCUCUCAGGCCCCACAGGUGCUAUUUGUAGUACUGGCCCAGGCGUGGGGCUGCCGAGCUAAGGCUUGGCACACCGAAGGUCAGCUGCAUGUCAAUCAAUUUUGUCCCCUCCUCUGCAGUGAGCUGUUGGUUUUAAUUUUUUUUUCAAUUGAUUUUAGAGAGAGGAAGGGGGAGAGAGAGAAACAUUUAUAUGGUGUUCCACUUAUAUAUGCAUUUAUUGGUUUCUUGUAUGUGCCCUGACUGGGGAUCGAACCUGAAACCACGAUGUAUCGGGACAACACUAACCAACUGAGCUAUUCGGCCAGGGGUGAUGUAUUGGUUUUAAUGCUGGAUCAAACAGUAUGUUUUACUUUCCCACGCUGACCCACAGCUCCUAUUCCUGCCACCCUCACCCUGUUUCCUGCUCCUACAUAAUUUUUCUUGUUUUAGUAAUUUGCAGUGAUUAUCCCUUUCCCUGUGUUGCUGGGAACCUGGAGAAAAGGGAAAGAUGUUGCCAUAUUUCCUACUCUUUAGGGCAUGGACUCCUUCCUUUCCCUUUGUUAGUGUCCUGGGUUCCCAUGGACUCAGGGAUUUGUUGAUUGAGGUUUCUUUGCAUAUACAUAUAUAUAUAUAUGUACAUACAUAUAUAUAUUUAAAUACACAUAUAUAUAUAUUGUACAGAAUAAAAAUGUUUUAUUGAACACACUGUGCUUAUGCUUAAGACACAGGUUCAGCUUCCCGAGCUAGAUUUCUCUCCAGGAUUAGACACAAGUGAAACCCUAACGCUGCUCACCCCUGAAUGGGGAAAGGACUUACUAAUAUCUCACUCGCCGUUCUUCCCUUCCUCUUCCCCACAUGCAGUUGAUAUUCUAGUAUUGUGAUAAAGUAUUCUGGCCUGUUUUGCAUAG